GGAACUGGUGCAUAGGCCACGCGGCCACGCUGGCGAGCGAGCGAAUAGAUAUUACAGGUAAUCACGCCCUGUGCUAAGACUGUAACACAUUCGCCGUUCGGCCUCUAGCUGUCAUCCCCGGCAUUCGCGGCACGUUGCCUACCGCGCUGCUUCAACCAUUCGAUGAUGCGAAGUGCGCACACUUUAAAGAGCGUUUGAAGUGACACCAGGCCAGCGGGGCCACGUAUUGCACAACUGCCGCGACUCCCCGCCAACCCCUGCGCCAACAGCCAGGACCUGAGGCCUCAGUGCCGACCACACCAGAAGCGACGCGGUCGUGCAAGUGACUUAUGCUGUCCGUCUAAAUCUGUGGAGAGAGCACCCCGAUGCGGGUACACACCCACGCCCACGCCGGGCCUCAGCCGGACAACUGGUCACCAGAACCGCGCCCCAGCAAGGGGAAGGGCCGCCGACUGCCGGUGGUCUUGACCUCGUGGGCACCGAGUUUGUUGCCCUUCAUUACGCUUGUAGGGCUCAUAGCUUUGCGUUCUGCCAUAGUGGGCGUAAUCGAAGACGGAAACCAGGCUGCGGCAGCAUCGUCCGCUAGUGCGGUGACCACCGCAAACGCGGCCCAGCAACAGCAGGCGAUAGCAGCUGCGGCAGCGGCCUUGCCGCCCCGCCAAAAGCCGGCGAAGCAUUGCUCUGACACGUGUUUCAAGGCAAAUGACGGCGUGUGUGAUGAGGGUCGCCCGGCCAGCAAGCCCGCCCAGGCCGGCGGCGCGGCAGCGGCGGCGGCAGCCGCACACAGGCGCAGCCUGCAGACCUUGACAACAGAAGGUCACCAUAGCGGGCAGCGGCAGGGGCGGCGGCUGCAGGAGUUUGAGGGCCAGGAGGCUGUGUCGCCGCUGCAGUGCGACCUCGGCACCGACUGCGCCGACUGCGGCGCGUGGGAGGGCACCGUGCCAGAGGGCUGGGGCGGCGGCGGCGGCCCGGUCGCCUGGAUCCGCUCUGAGCACAACGCCUCGCUGUACGUGCGGCGGACCGACACGCCCAAGUCCUUCCUGGCCGCCAUCACCUACCACAAGGCGGACCCGGACGUGUCGGCGAUGCUGCACCACUACGGAGCCAUGGAGGGCGGCAUCAACCGGAUCCUGCACCACGUGCUAGACGGCCAGUGCGAGGCCGCGGAGCGCGGCGGGCGCCGGGCGGCCGUGCUGGACGUGGGCGCCAGCUUCGGGUACUACACGGUACAAGCGGCGCUGUACGGGUGCAGGGUGGUUGCGUUCGAGCCGGUGCGCAAGUUUCGCGCGCUGCUGGACUGGAGCAUACACGCCGCCGGCGUCAGCCACCUGGUGGACGUGGUGGACAAGGCGCUGGGCGACGCCGAGGGCAGCCUGCCCCUUGGCAUCCCGCGCGACGGCACCUACUGGGGCCUGGCCAGCAUACACGGCGUCAACCUCAUGGGCGAGCGGGAGACCAAGGAGACCAUCAAUGUGCCUGCGACCAAGCUGGAUGCGUGGGAGUCCUGGGCGCCGGCGGACCUGCGGCGGGAAGACCUGCUGCUUAUCAAGAUGGACAUUGAGGGCUGGGAGGGGCCGGUACUGCGCGGCGGCUCCCAGCUGCUGGCGGCGCACGGCGACAACCUGCUGCUUGAGUACUCGCCGGGCAUCUUCGAGCGCCGCAACAUGACGGACUUUGCGCCGCAGGUGUUGCUGCCCGAGGUGCUGUUGUCACUGCUGGGCAGCGGCUUCGCGCUGGCACACCUGCCGCUGUUCGCCUACGCCGCGCCCUGGCCGCCGCGCCACAUCGACCCCGCCGAGCCGCUGCCGGCGUUCGAGGAGGUGACGGAGGCCAUGCUGCGGCACGACCUACAGGCGCUCCGGUACAGACAGCGCAUGGAGGUGGCGCCCGGCGGCUGCCCACUGCCCGAGGAGCUGGUGGCCAAGGCGCCGGCGUGGCGUGGCUGCCGCGAGUGGUCCUACGGCACACACCCCAAGGGCUUUCGCAGCGCCUUCGGUUUCAACACCAACGUGUGGGCCAGCCGCCGGAGCAGCGCGGCUUUCAGGAAGCACAUGCGGCUGGAGGGCACGGCGGCGCUGUUCGACGAGGGGCAGGACAUGAAGGUAUGGACGUCCGUAAAGCGGCCCGGCACUGCCUACGGCCUCAUCAACUGCACCCUCAUAGGUGCCGGCCACGUGCACCUGUUCCGCUGCCCCUGCCAGCCCGACGCGGCCGCGGAGUGCCGCGAGGCGGAGGCGGUGGUGACCCGGCUGGCGAGGGAGGGCCGCAUGCCCUUUACCGGGCCCGACUCGGGCGGCGAGUAGGUGGGGGGCGUGACUGGCUCAACCUGGGAGCUUAGGCCGUGAAUAGGGCUGUGUUGGGGCGGCAACACACCCACCGCCCUAACACAGCCCUACGGUGUGGCAGCGACGGCGCGGAAGGGCUCCAGCACGGCACGGCUCAGGAGUUUGGGAGGCUGACUGGGGCUCAGUGAUGCUGGGAGGUGGGGUAGUAAAGGGGUACUGUAGGGGCACUGAUGAGGGGAGCUGGUGGUGGUGUUGUAUUGGCGUGCAGCAUUGGUGGGCAUGUACAUGCUAGUGUGUACGUGUACAGUGCGCACAGGUAAGUAGGCCGUCGUCGCUACGGCGCGGGUGGCAUGACAGGUGCAAGCAGGGGCGCUGCGCUGUGAUAGGAAACAAUGCUGAUUUGAUAUCACUGCAGGCGUGGAUGUGGGACAUGGCAAGGAAAGCAAGUGGCUGGUGGUGGUCUGUGGUAGUGGAAUGAGACCGGGCCGGCUGGUGGGGGGCGUCGCCUGUAGGGGGCGGCUGCAGGCGGCCGCCAUCAGGCUGAGAGCAUGGACAAACCUAAGGCCUUCAAUUCUGUGUCGCAAAGCUGCAAAGGUUUGACACUUCGACCUGUGCUAGGAUUCGACGUCAGGUACCAG